AUUUGAUAUUGGUACCAUAAUCAAAUAAGGCGUUACAUAAAGCUGGCUGGUGAGAAUUGCGAUUCUUUUCUGUACUUAUCGACGAAAGUAACUGUUUUCGAACCACUUGACACACUUAAUAGUGUUUACUUUGACGAUGCUCGUAAACAUAUAUUUACUCUCAGGAGUCGUGGUACGAUGGGUGUCAAUGCCAAAUCUGUUGUUGAUGAUUUGGUUUUGAAUUUUCGCAUAGAUGAUCAAGGCGAAGUUUUGAGUAUUAAGUUUUCUGAGGAUAACAAAAUCUUGGGAAUUCAGCGGACUCAUCGAUCAGUUGACUUUUUAAAUUUUCAAGCCAAUUGCCCCAGGGGUGUACAGUAUUCUCAAGAAUGCAAGAAUAAAUCAGCAACGCUUCUGGGAUUUGUGUGGUGUUCCAACUAUGAGGUCCUUUUUGUCACAAACGAACAACUGGAGUUAUAUCAAGUAAUUUUACUUUUUUAACGUCCGAUAAACGUUUGCUUUGUGUAACCUACUUUCACUUUCCCUGAGAUUAGUCCCAAGUAUGAGCUGACAGUUAGUGGAAACUAUUUACAGAGAAUUGUAACAGGUAUCUAGGUUUGGAAACGACUAUAUUAAGUAGUGUUAUCGUUAUUUUAAGGUUUCGGAAAAUGUUACUAUAUUUUUAAAAUAAAUCGAUGAAUCGUUAUUUAUGUUCGUCUGCUGAUUUUGGACGAACCGUAUGCCAAAAUUCUGAUUUUUCGGAUUUUUAUUUAUUUAUUUAAACAUAGCUAUUGAUACAAAGGGGCGCCAAAUCCAUAUGCACCACACAAUAACAAUGAGGCUGUGAAGAGAGAGAAUCUAUGGUGCGUACAGGAAAAACGAGAACAUCAACGAACAGAAAUUAAUGUAUGAUAGCGAAACAAUAAUGGUGAUAAUAGGAGUAGUUCAGUUAGCAAAAAUACAACCGGAAAGAAUUCUUUCAGUUUAAGGUACGAUCACUUUAUGAAGAAAGUAAAGGAAGGUUACAACAGGAUCACCACUGGCUUCUGUUCUGAGCCAUAUCUGAUAACAUAUCAAACCAUUGUGUUGCUCAAUCUCUAGGACCCCAACUAGGGAGUCGUGAGGGACCGACAGAAGCCAGUCCUGUACAGCUUUCCUUCAAGCCACGACAUCAUGUCAUGCACUGACCACCUCUUCGCUUUUUCCAACCACUCCCAGAGUCGGCAAAUAGUGCAUGACGUGGAAUUCUCUGGGACAACAUUCUUAGAACAUGUUUAUUUAUUUAUUUGAACACAUAAAUAUUGGUACAAGAGAGCGCCAAUAUAUAUGCGCCACACAAAACAAUGAGAAUUCGAAGAGAAAUAGAAAUAAAGGUAAGGAGCGCAAAAAAAGAGAUCAAUAACGAAGAGAUUGGUGUAAGGUAGUGUAGUAAUAAUGAGGGAACGGAAAGAUACAAUCAGAAGAAAUCUUUCAGGUAAGGGAGACACAAUCACCUUUUAUGAAGAAAGUAAAAAAUUACAUCAGGAUCUCCACUGGCUUCUAUUCUGAGCCAUAUCUGAUAACGUCUCUAGCCACUGAGUCGCACCAUCUCUCGGACCCCAACCAGGGAGUCGUGAAGGACCGACAGAAGCCAGUCCUUUGCAGCUUUCUUUCAUGACACGACACCAUGUCAUGCACUGACCACCUCUUCGCUUGUUCCAACUAGUCCCAGAGUCGGCAAAUAGUGCAUGACGUGGAAUUCUCUGGGACAACAUUCUUAGAACAUGUCCAAGCCAACGAAGUCGAUGUUUCAAGAUGGUGACACCAAUUGAAUUAUCAUCUCUGCACCCGAACACACGAUGCCGAACCUCUCCAUUACCAACAUGGUAUUGCCACUUGAUGUCAGCAAUCCUUCGGAGACAGCGAUGAUCGAACACAGAGAGUCGUCUAACGUCCUCAACUCGGAGAGACCAGGUUUCACAAGCAUAGAGCAAAACUGCUCUCACCGACGCGUUGUAGGUCCGACCUUUCACAGCCAGACUGAUAUCACGAAAGUGCCAAUAGUGGCCCAGAUUGGCAUAAGCCGCUCUGGCUUCCACUAUACGUGGAUUGAUCUCAUCACUCAUGCCACCACCAACAAUUGUGCAGCUACCUAGAUACACGAACUUCUCGACUACGUCUAUCUGCUCACCGUCCAGGGUGAGUACAGGAUUGGAAUCCUGCCAGUCUUGUAGAAGUACUUUGCACUUCGAUGGUGCAAAGCACAUACUAUAUCUACGGAUACUAAUUGUCAUCUGUCUCUGCGCGUGAUCUAUUCUGAGCCAUGUCACCAAGAGUCUCCAACCAUUGGUUACGAUAGUCACGCGGACCCCAGCCAAGUAGUCUGCAUCUACCAACAUGACUCAGACUAGAAGUUAGUGACUUCAAGCUCUGAUGCCACGUUUUGGUUUGGUCACCUUUAACUUUCUGCCAACCAUCCCGAACACCGGUUAGCAUUGCUAGUUGUGGUAAUCGGUGUUCGGGCAUACGUAACACGUGGCCUAACCAUUUCAGUCGAUGAAGAUUCACAAACUCAUCAACUGAUUUACCAUCAUUCCCUAAUACCUUACGUCUAACUUCACUAUUACUGACCCGGUGAUCCCAGCAGACACCAGCAAUAUUUCUGAGGCAUCUGUGAUCAAAUACUAGUAAACUAGAUAGAUAUUUUAACUUAAUUCUGCCUCUAAACCCACGUGACCACUCAUUCCCAGGCACCGUCCAGUCAUCGAGCUAAUAGUUCGGAGAUAACUUCUCACUGUUCAACACGCGCUACCAAUGUUUGAAACUGACUAUGAACAAAGACGCCGAUUGCAUGUGGGAAUCGUCAACCGCGAGUGCGAACGCUCCCGGUUGAAGUCGCUGACUGAAGACUACUUCAAAGUCCUCAUUCUCAUCUGUAGUCUCCAAUCGCAAAAGUUCAGUGACAUCAGAACACGGUUGCUGAUUCGAAUGGACUAGACCGUAAAGUGACUUUUAAUGCUAUUGAAAGUGAAUAUCAACGUAUAGUUAAUCUACAACACGAUACUACGAUAGUUCAGCGUGUUAAUUCCGAUCGACCUGAAGUAUAUGUGGUCCAACAACCAUCCAACUCGGUUAAAUCUGCCCCAGCAAAACCUAGUCCAUCUCACUCAAAUCCAGUACAACAGGCAAAUAUGAAACCUCCUGCUCUCUGCUGGCACUGUAGUGCAUGGCAUUAGCGCCCGACGUACAAUGUUUUAUGGUGUAGGAGUAGGAUGGAAGAAAGCUAGUGGCUGCCAGAUUAAAACACGGCACAAAUCCAUGAAGUCACUGACAAGUGGAUUGGUCCAUUGUGCUAGACUACCUGGUUGGGACCCGCGAUUCGAUAGCAACCGAUGACUAGACAACUUGAAUGACAUGGUUCAAGAUCGUUUGCAGUUGCACAGGUGCAUCCACUCUUUGUGUCCUCCCAAAUUCUAAUCUUCUGAUAUCUUCAUGUAACUUUCUUUUUUUCUCUUUCCAAAUUUAUUUCACUGGAUUAUACUCCUUGAAUAACAUCUUUAAACCCUAAUCUUUUCGAUUACUGUUUAUACUUUUACUACCUCUAUCACCACGGGAUUUGAAUCGACAAUUGUAUCCCAGUGCUAAUGUGGUGUGGCAACUUGAACUGGUGUAUGUACGUAUGAAGUUCUACGUUGCUACUGACUGACUGGUGCAUGACAUUAUGUGUACGAAGCUGUCCUUAUAAACAACAUCGUUGCAGGAAGUGUAAAUCAAUGGGCCACAAAGAUGGAUUUUGUCUAAAGAGGAAGCCAAAUCGUUCCACGAGUAUUAAAAAGCCUGUUCCCAGAUCCUGCACAAAUUCGUUGAGUCUAAUGGCAACAUUUUAGAGCUAAACCCCAGACGUAAUCAUUCUCCCACGAGAAUCUAGGAUCAAAAUGUGCACAUCACGCACCAUGCCAACAGCAAAAUCCUCGCACUGCAUGCAGUAAUUAUCUACGUUUGUCGGGACAGUUAGAUUGGAAUGUGUCUUUUCACGAUUCGACAUGCACCGGGAUUGGUUUGUCCAGUUGCAUUUAGCUGACGUCAUUAAGCACCGUAUCCCAUCCUUUGAAACAACGCCAAGCACCUGAAGAGUAUACGAAGAAGGUAAUGACCUAGUUCUCAACUGUUUUCCAGCCUGUGUUGGGUCGGUGCUCUGUUAUGAAAGCAACACUUUGGUUGACACUUGGGGCUAAACCUGUUUUCCGUACAAAGAGACCAGUACCGUAUUCAGCAUUAUCGAAAGUCCACUUUUUGAUGUAUUACCUGAGAAGAAUACUCUACGCUUAAAUAGUUAUUUACCUCUGAACACUUGCUGGUUUUUAUGGAACCCAGAGACACGUAUUUGUAUCACUUCAGACCAAGAGAAAAAACUACAUAUCUUUCAACUUAAGACACCCGGCACAAUCACAAAAGGACCAAAGUUUCUGUCUCCUACAUCGGUAGGGGCCAAUGGUGAUACCAUAUCGAUUGAACAGAAACACUGUUUUUUAGCUUUAUUAUAUGAGGAUUUGUACUUUGGUACUCUUCGCUACGUAAAGCUACAUAACGAACCAAAUCUUACCCGAACUAUUAGUUUUUAUACUUUAAAAAUAGAAGAUCCCAUCGUAUUGACACACCUCGUAAUUUUAGAUUUUCAGGGUCCUGUGUCAUUCAGUGUAUUGGAUAACCUGUUCAUGGUACACUAUCAGAGCAGAAAGGUUACGUCAGUUUUUGAUAUCGCCCUUAAUGGAACCGUUCGCAAUGUAAUUCAUCAUUCACCUAUAUUACGUGAUAUUUCGAUUGCACCAUUCAGUCUUUUCACUAAAAUCAUUCCCUCAUUAUCAACAAACUUGGAUGCUCAAAUUCCUAUCGAUUUAUAUUCAAUGAAUUGGAUUAUUCACCUGUGCGGUGUUGUAAUUGACAACAGUCUCGGUUGCUCAUGGCUGUUAUGCUUGAAUACUAUGGUUUUUCCAAAACUAAUUGCUAAUCACAACCUAGUUGUGGAUUUUCUACUUCAUCGAUCCAGUGGCAAAAGUGUACUGUUAGAGUACUGCUCUAAAUUGGCGUUAGACAGUAUCGAAGAGGUUACUUCCAAUGUUGACAAACCUCUGAACUACAAAUUCGAUGGAUAUGGGUUGAAUCAACGACUAGAUCAGUUUGCGUUCGUCUUUAAACGGAUUUGUGAAGUGGGCUACUGUGGGACAAACGUCAUGAGUAAAUUGCUCACUGAUUCUGAUCGUAAAAUGCCAAGUGCUUCGGAAGCAUCAUGCCAUUGUUCUAUAGCUGUGAGUGAUGCUUUAAAUUUAAUGUGGAUAAAUACAUUUUUAUUGCCAAUACUUCGAAGACUUUACUUGAAUCAUAUUCAGCUCCUGCAUAUUUUCCUCUAUUGUACCGAUUUAAUUCAGGUAGUUUCAUCACACAUAAGCCACUACCUCAAAUACAUCAGAAAUAAAACUUACGAUCCGAAAUCGUUCACCGGUGAUGAAUGAAAAAAUAGACAUUUUACUUGUGGCCAUUUGCACAUUUUUCAAAUAUUGCAAAUGAAACUGUUCAAUAAACACCAGUCACACUUCCUUUAUUUGUUUUUUAUUCAUAUUUCCUCACUUAUGAUCAUAGUUUGAUGAGUAUUCAUAAAAUGUCAUAGCUGAUAAAAUUUGGAGGUAACAUUUUAAAGGUUAUUCAUUUCUCUAUUUUAGAUGCAUCUAUAGCUUUCCGAACUUUAGGGUGUUUUGGAAUAUGACUGGUCACCGAUGUUUAUAUACGUUUUUAAUUAAAUAGGUUUGAUUUUCAGGUAAAUGUUAAAGUAAAUAGUUAAUACAUCAACUAAUUAGGGACUCUUCUCUCAGAUAGUAGGAUAUUGUUUGAAUCAAACCAGGGGUAGUUAUCCAUUCUUCUGAUGACCCUAGUUUAAGCAAACUUUACUGGUUCAGUAUGAGAAGAGUUUCUGUUUAAAUGUAUUGGAAAGCAGACUUUAAGAUUUACUACCUCUUUAUAUAGAUAUUUUUGUUUUUUCAUUUUGUUCCUCACACUUUUAAAAGGACUUCAAAGUUUUCAUAUUUUCUUUCGACAGAAGACAAUAUCCAAAGGCGUACAUGCGGGUUCGUCAACCUACAUCAUUUCCCAACCUGAAAUAUAUUCACAUUUAUUUUUAAAGAACCAAGGUGUUGAGAGACUAGAAGUCCGUAAAUUGUUUCGCUCUAUACUGAUUGAAUAUAUUCGCAUAUUUUCAGAGCACGACAUUUGUGUAGAUCAUUGUUUCUACGAAAUGCUCGUCAAUCUCACCGCCAGAGUGGGGGAUUAUACACAACUCAGUUUUUAUAUUCAAAGUCGUCUACUUGCUGAUUCAAAGCCUACCGUAAUACCUUAUCUUAUAAAAAUGAGAAUUUUGAGUUAUUGGUUUUCUGACUUGUUGUAAUUUGUUCGUAAAUAGUUGACUGAUUCUAGCAAUUUACUAUUUCUUCCAAUACGUAUUUGUAGUUCGUCCAAGAUUCCAUUUGUUUAUUGUCAUGGUAACCACUUUUUGUAAUUUUAGUUCUAACUUAUUGUUGAUUAAUCUGCACUAGCUGUAUCUUAAGGAACACUGGACGGUUGUUAGUAAUCGCUUAUCGUAACUUAGUUAAUGAGAGUAAAUUCAGGAUAGUUAAAUUUUAUUCUUCAAUGUAUUUUGUUAACUAUAGUAUUUAUCAUCAUCAAGCAUAAAGUGCUUUUUGUAGCGUACGAAUAUUUGAUCGUGUUUAGAAAAGCAAAACAAUUUUAUGGUAUUUUCAUGAUAUUAUUCAUAGCUUUAACCUUUGUAACCAGAACGUGUGUUUAUUCCGUAAUUCUAUGCAGGGGUUAGCUAUUUUUUAUUUCUUCUGUAGACUAUGUACAUCAUAUUUUAAAGCAGAAAGUUUUAAUUCUUGAGAAAACCUUUAGAUGAUGUUCUGUUUUAUUUUCCUCAAAUACGACUUUCUAGUUGGGUUCACUUUGCACUUUAGAGACCAAACGUUUGCUAAUUCUUAAAAUCAUUUUUUUCUGUUUCAUAGAAAUUGACCAUAUCUUGUUAUCUAGUGUAUGACUUUUUGUAGGCACUUCAACUGCUUUCUUUGGAAAGUGUGUAUCCCGCAGCAGGACAACUUGGUAUUGAUAUGCUAAAGAGAUUGAAUACAUGCAACACUGAAUUGUUCGAUGCAUUACUGAUAAAAGGACGGCCAUUAGAGGCAUUAAGAUUUGCUAGGCUGCAUCGCUCAGAAAAUGUCAUUGACAUGGAGAAUGUUCGCAAUUAUUUGGAUGCUAUUCAACAAAUCGAAGAUUAUAUGGAAUUAUAUUGUACUCACCAUUUUCUUAAAGAAAGUUCAAUGUGUAUGGAGUCUUAUUGGGACUCAGAUGAAUGCCGUAAAUAUUGUACCGAACACUUUAGUGACCUGUUUCCGUCCGCUUAAUUUGAACUGCAAUUUCAUAUAAAAGAAAAUGAAUGUCUUCUUAACCCUUAUUCUGUGAACUCGUAUAUAACUAUAUCUUUUUUCUCUUUUCAGUUGUUUCAUUUUUGUAAGCGUACUACACCAUGAUGCAUCCAAUAAAGUAUACGUUGUGUUGAAUUUGUAAAUUAAUAAACGUUUCGUUUGCUUCAAUAUGCCAUAAUAUAACGUUUACCAUAGUAAAAACUGCUUUUGUCCAAGUAAUUUGUUUUCUUGUUGACGACUCUGUCAUAGAUCUUAAAAAGUAAUCUCAGUAGCGCUAAUUAAAAGCGUUAUGUAACGGGACGAUUGAGAUCUUAUCGUUACUGAUAACAACUAACCUGAAAAAUUUGGUAUACAUAAACUAUCUUAACAACAUUUUGAAUCGUUUCUGUAAACUUAGACCUACGCUUCAUUUGCAGUUUGUAGCUAAAUGUUUCACAUAUUCAUUAGAGUGGUCUAAAUAUUCAUUGUUGAUAGUUUUGUUUGUAGUUGUUUCUAUCGUCAAUACACUUGACUCAGUUCAUACUGACCUAAUAGAAUUAGUAAAAUUCAUUUAUCAAGCAUCACUUGAACUAUAUUUUUCUAUUUUAUUGCUUGAAUUCAAACGUUACAAGUACAAAUUCUGGUAUCAAUCUUUGGAAAUCGAAAUGUUAAUCUAGUAAGGUGGGUUAAGUUAUUUACUAAAAGUCAUCUUACAAAUACGUAUUGAAAUAUCUAUGAUUUCUCUGUGAAAUAAAUACCCACUCCCCGGUUAAGUGCAUUAUUUUGUGUUAAGAAUUCCGAAAUGUAGAAAUAAGUGUCCAAAAUAUCAGAUUUAUCUGAUAAGAGCUCUCGAAAUUGUCUUUAGAGACUGGAAAAAUGCUGAAAAUACUUCCAUUAUCAACAUUCCUUAAAAAUUACCACUAGAACUUUGAAAAACGACAAGUUGUAUUGUUUUCCUCCGUUUAGUUAAUUACCAAUUUUAUCUUGUUUUCCAGAAGCCUCUAGAAUAUCAAGGCCACGUAACAUUAUAAACACCCAUAUAUUAUGUAUAUAAACUAACCUUGAAAGUAAAACUUCUUCCAUAAUUCCGCUGUUUUGUUUUUUCGUUUCGGGGUUCAAGAGUAGGUUUCUGGAGAUAAGUGAUUCAAGGUCCAAGUUUUCAAACACUAGACAAAUCACGUUAUGGUAAAAAGAGCAUUUCUGUCUCGUUUCACUGUCUAAAUUUAAAAUAAUUAGAAAUAAUGACAUACCGAAUUACCAUCGAAUUUUUGUCACGGUAGUAAUGUGUGGUCCACUACAUUCAGAUAAAACACUGCUUUUGAACAGAAAAUGAAAAAGGAAUCAACUUCAUUAUUGUUAGGAGCCAGUUAUGCUAUAUGUCAGCCGUAUUUCUAUGUAGCAAGAACGAAUAUAUUCGCACAACAAAAUGGGAAUUUUCUUGUGGCAUCGUUACAGCGUAAUUCCAAUUUCACUCACCAGUUACUAAGUAGCGAGUUUAUACUGAAUUAUUGCAGUUACUGAUAAGGAGUUAACUACGCUGUGUUUCUAUUUAUGUAGGUUGAUACAAAAAUGACUUGUCCAAAUUAGAUACCUAACAAAUAUGCUACUAAAUAACUUAAUAAAUUGUCGGGAUGUACCCAAAUAAAGGGAACGUCUAUGUGAUUGGUUGCGUAAAUGGGUAAAUAGAAUUGUAAGUACUAUUAAGAGGAACUUGUUCCAGUUAGAGGUAUGUCAAAUAUGGAGUAUUAUGCCAGAUUCAGCAUAAUACUUUAAACGGGAUAACUUAGCAUUCAGUUUUUUCAUAUUUCAAAGGAAGUCCAAAGUAAACUGAUCCGCGUCCGAAUAACUACUUCCGUUUCUUGACCACUGCUUCCUAACAGAAUAUGUCCUUCGAGAACAAGUACUGUUAGGAGCAGUAUUUUGUGUUAUAAUUCCAUUGGCAUUACGGACUACAUGAGUUUUACCAUCACGUGGUUCUAUGCACAUUUUAUCAAAAACAUUGUCGUAUUCAAGAUAAUUUCCUUCUGCGAUUAAGCCGUUGAACUAUACUGAUGUAGUUUACUCGGAUUUCAUAGUGAUUAUAGUCGAAUGGUAGAUGCAUUACUAACUUGUCGUUAUAUUUCAAAAACAAGAUGGCUUUCCCAAAUCGCAUGUAUAUUUCAAAGUAAUUAUUUUUCAGAUAGUGUCGAGACAUAUUUUCUCAUUGAACUCCAGCGACGUUUUAAAUUUUAGAAUAAACAACCAUGAAUCUGGUACAUUCUUCUUACUUUUACGCUUAUUAAUUUUCGCACAUAUAAUCUUAGUUACUGAGCCUAUCGCCUAGAAUAUGUAGAGCUCAAACAUUACUCCGAUUUCGUUUAAUAUUAUUUUCAAAUUUUAACUAUCGUGAUCCCCUUAAUUUUCUUUUCGAUAUUUGGGUUUGUCUUUUAUUCAUUGAUUGCUAAUAUCAGAAAAAUAACUGCAUUCAUCAUUCGUCGCUCAAGACCCACUUAAUUCUAUUUAGUCAAUUUUAUAGGCUUAAACUACUGGCGCAACUGAGUAAUUUUAUAAUUGUCACUAAGUUAUUUGAGAGAUGUUUAGUCAUCAGAAAAUUGGAUUCAGUUUUGAUUUUCGUAUUAAAGUCUUACGAAUAAGAUCGUGAGAUUUUUUGAUAGCGGGACACCAGAAUUUGAAUAGUGUUUCAUAACCCUACAAUUAAUUACUUAUCAGAUUUAAAGACAAACCAAUUGUUUAUUGCAAUCAAACCUGAAUUUUUGUCUCAAACUACCUUAUUAGUCAUCGACAAUAUGUCUACCUUAUUAAGCGUUUUGUAUUAAAAAGGGCUGUAGUUUUCUUGUAUGAGGUUAUCAUAUCUUGAUUGGCUAAUCUGAUUGUACUAUCAUAUGGUUAGCUGUAGUGUAGUAAUGCUCUUCAUAUCAAAAUACAAACUGUAGUAGGAUAGCGUCUGUAGCUAUUCUCUUCUCACUUUAAUUGAUAAGAAAUACUCUAUAUUCGUCUUUUUUUCUAGCUGUCUAAACGCAAAAUUUUGCUUUAUAUCCAAUCUGCUAAUUGCAAAUCAACAAUAAGAUUCGAACCUGUCACAGUACGAUUGAGUAGCAAUGUAGUUCCUAAAAACUUGGAUUUCUGGUGGUUUUACGACUCUCAUUAGUUCAGACCAAAAAUCAACAAUGUAAAAUGGGUUUUCUGAAUCACUCCUGAAUUGUUCCUUCUUAAUCCAGAUUUUAUAACUAGUUAUUAGAAGAGGAAAAAACUACAAUAAACGAAGCAAUAUGAAGUACCGACAGGUAAAUUUUUGAAAAUAAUAUCGUACACUAUUUAAUACUACUUUUAUUACUAACGAAAAUGAAGGAAGAUUCAUCUGAAAAUUUAAAACAAACUUAUUCAAUGAGAAAUUGAAGUUUCAAACUAUAUAGCAGAACAAGUCAACUUCCCAUUAAAUAUGGAUAAUUAAUGCAAGUAAUACUGAUUAAAGGCAAAAAAUUGAAAUUAUAAGUUACCUGCUUUCCGUUGACACGAUGGAGAUCUAAUUGAGCAAAGGUUUAUUUAGAGGAGUACAUAAAAAUUCUUGUUCAUCAAAAUAUCAGCACAAUGAAGGAAUGAUUUAUGAGAAUGCAACAUGAGUGAACCCUCACUGAUCUUACAAACUGCUUCGUCGUUACAACUAUAGCCCUAUGAAACUGUUUACGGAAGACUUAACUAACAACAGCUUCUCCAAAGCUUAUUAAAAGUAUUUUGAACGUUCACUUUAGUUUCACGACCACUCCCAAUAUAUAUGAGUUUCUUCUUUCACCUUUCAAUUUAAAAAAUAACAAAGACCACAGCUUAACAUUACGAAUGCGAGUUUUAAAUGGAAACCUUGUGUAAAUGUUUGUUUGAUAUUCCAUUGUUAAUGGAACUAUUCCUGAAUAAGUUUGUAAAUCUUAUACUUUUUUGUUUUAUCAGGUUAACCGUCGUAAGAAAUUUAUGAGACACGAGCCUCUCAGCAUCUAGUUCAUAUGUAAUAAAUUUAAGUGAUAUAGUACACAUUUUCGUUAUUUUCUUGGAAAACCUACAGACCAGGGCCUUACAACCUACUCCAGCCACCAUGACGUGUCACUGUAGUUGUUGGAUGAAUAUGCGUUACGCAUAUCCUAACCAUCCCUGUGUUUAAUCUCAUAGUUUCUUGCUCAAAUGCCCUAUGAUAUACAAGCAAUGCCUUUACGUACCUAAUGGAACACUAGUAACAUAAGAGUACUCUAUAUGGUACCGUACAUCGGUCUACGCGCUCGCUUAGCUUUUUAGUGAAAAUACUACUACGGUCCUGUUAACCAUGUCAUGACCUCCUUUAUCGCCAUCAAAGCAAAUAAGUUUGUAUUUACUGAAUACAACGCUUCUAUUUUUAAAAAGUUAGACAUAACAGUUGAAAAUUGGAGUAAAAUGGCAAUAUGGAGCAGAUGUUCGUACCGGUUAACACAUCAUUAGUUAGGCACAGUGCCAAGGUCAGAAAAGUUGGUGUUCUAAUUGGUGAUUUGAUCACGUGGUAAUUAACAGAGAAAGAGUCAUGACAAUAAUAAAUAAAUUUACAUUUUUAAUAGUUGAAUUGAUGAAUCGAUCUAAGCUAGAUCACCAUUGAAACCUAGAAGCAAUAGACGGCCGUUUCGUCCUAGUACUGGAAUCCUCAGCAGUGCGAAUCAGAGAUCACACACACAGUACUCAAACCCAUUGCCUCAGUGGUUUAUAGGUUAGGCGUUCGCUUUCGAAAUCGAAGGUCCUGGUUUCGAGUCCCGUAUGCAGGACCGUGGAUUCGCACUGCUGAGGAGUCCAAUACUAGAUAAUUUACCAUCUUUCUGAAAUUCAAACAUUUUAGAGUAAUGUUUAGUUUGAAGUAUUUGUUUAAAAGUUUUAUUUACACCUGAAUUAGUUUCUUAUUACUAGGAGCUAAAGCGGACUGAUUUGUUGACGAACACAAGUUUGCCAAAUAUAUUUGCCAAUGAACCGGUUAUACUGAAAUUGUAGUUAAUUUUCCACUUAUCCAGUAGUCUAAAUUUGCGGCUCGUUAUUAUUUAAUGUGAUCUUUAAAAACAUAGUUGCUAUCACGAAUAAUAAACAAUCCUAUUUCUUUUUAUCUCUUAAACUAUGACUGUCUGUGAUCACUAAAUACCAGACUGAAAACUUACAAACCGACCAAUAAUAAAGAUAGUUUACAGAAGGUAAAAUGGUGAAUAGCUUUAACUAAGAUAUAUUUUAAAACGAAUUGUGAAGAAGUAUAAUUUCUAAGACAGUACAUGUGAUUACAUCUAUUUAUUCUAAGAAAACGAUACACUACAAUAAUAUGAAAAUAGGCCUUGUUGGUUGUGAUCUAGUAUAAUUCAAAUGUGUAUAAUAUAACAAACAACUGGAUGAAGAACACAACUACCCGAUUAUUACACCAAUUACUCUUAUUCAUACAGUAUAUUUUAUUAUUCCUAAGCGGAAUCAAAUUAUUUAUGUAUAUAACAAUUGUUAAAAUAACUAGUAGCCAGGAGAUCCAAGAUGUAAAUGAACCAACGUUUUUCUGUUACACUUGGUAUCUUUUCGUAUUAGAGCCUAAGAUGAGUUUUUAUCCUUGAAACCGAAAACACGUUUUAUAAACUAUUUCAAAAACUACUAAAUAAUAGAAUUUAACCUGACUUUUGACAGAUUAUUAAUGCAUUGAUUCAUUUACGAUUCUUUUUCAUAUUUUAUCCGAAUAAAUGAUUUCAAAGUCAAGCACUUUCUUCGUUGCUUUUUCUUCUCAACACUUGACGUUGUCUGGUAUGCUUUAUCCCGUAAACUGUACUGAAGUAUCUAUCGCUUCAGGUAUAGGCUAAUCAGAGUACAGAAUCACUGAGCUGUAUAGCUUCUGCAUAGUAGCCACAUAAUCAUUAUUGGUUUCGUUUUGAUUUAAGAUUUAAAUAUGUGUGCCUGAUGUGAACAGCGAAAUAAAGAAGCCAUUGCAACCAACGGAAGUUAUUUUUGGGGUCAUUGUUUCAGUGAUUUCAAAUCCUGUACAUUAAAAACAUUUAAUUUUGUCCCUCUUUUAUUCUACAAACUAUAAGAUUUCGUUCGUUGUUUGAUUUACUAUCAUACCUUUUUCUGUUCCAAAGCUAUUGUAAUUUAAACGUAACCUUUGUUACUCUAUUUUCCUACCCUAAUGCCCAGUUUGGACACAAGAAUACUACUGUAAUUGUUUACUUGUUGUGGCCGUGUUAUUCAUCCAUUUAUUGAUGUAUCUUCUUAAACUAAUCUGAGUCGGGAAUAUAUCGAGUAUUGUUUCUGUUUAAUCGUCCUCUCUCUCGCUUGUUAACCAAUCAGGUGAAAAAAUAGUAUUCGUCCCUUCCUGACUAAGGCUGUUAGUCCUAAUUCAAGCUCACCUAUUUCUAGCCUCAAGGUUAAACCAACAAGCCUGUCGUGUCAGCGUAUUAACCAUUAUCAAGAGAAUUCUCUCCUGUAUAUUAUUAUUAUUAUUGUUUAGACAGAUCAAGGACGAACAGUGCCUCUCGUACACAUCAAACACAUACCGCACAUCGGUUUUUUAAUUAAAUAUUGCAGUUGCUAUGCUAACAAUGUUACGCUUUACAUUAGUUACACAAAUACAUAUAUGUUAUUAUGUUCAUAACUAACCAAUUAAUUCGUUGUUUAAGCUCCCACUACGUCAAUCUGGUCUUAUGUGUCUGUAGUCUAUCCCUGUUGCAUGUGUCCUACCAACUGAAGGACACCAUUAUCCUAUUGUAUUAAUGUGAAUCAUAAUUUUUAUUCAUUUUGAUAAGACACUCAAUACCAGUUGAUAUGUUUGUGCGUCCCACUUAAUGACUGUAAUUUCCUUAUUUAUUGUACUAAGCUAAUCUUUUUACGUUCAGAAACAGAUGAAGUUUGAAGCCAAGUUGUCCUUGUUCUGACCAUAGCUUUCAAAUAGACUCCGGGGUCACCAGUAUCGCGUUUACGGUUCUAGUAGUAUAUCUGUAGGACAAAUUAAAUCCUACAUCUAGAAAGUGGGGAGUCACAUGUCGAGAUCCUGAUUGGAUGGUUACUUAUACUGCUACUAUGUUUAGCAGCAUGCAAUAAUUUCCCGGAAACCUAAGGACAUCCAAAAUACUAUAAAACCCCUAGAUUUUCUGUACAUGAACGAACCUAUGGAGUAAGGCAUUUCAUUCCAUAUUUCGCGCCUUUUCUCUCAUGUUCAAAUCACUGUGUAGAUUUAACUUGGGAGUUAAUAGAAGAGCUUAGGAACCUAAUCUAGAGUUCAAUUAGAAGACUUAUCAGUUGUAUUACAGACUGACUGAAUAUAUCCAAACUCACUACAUUUAAAGCAUUUAGAAUUACGGAAUACACAUGAAUUAAUUUGAAGUAGCAAUAUCGCGAUUGCUCGGGCUCACCGUUGUCAAAAUGUUCGUUACAAUAUUUACUGGUCUUUACACCAACAUUAACAUAAAUAGUAAUCGGUAAAAUACUUUCUUAGAAAUACAGAUAUUAUUGAACAGGAAAUUUCAUGAGAGUGUAGGGUGGUGUCGAGUUGAGAUUAACUAUGAACACCGCUACCAAGAAACACGUGCCAAAUAAAUCAGAAGGCGAGGGUUGAACGUAACCAAUGAAAUCCAUAAAAUCCCCGAGAAGUCAAAUAUCAGAAGACAGUUAAUGGACCAAAUCGAGAUAUAUUCGCUGGCGAUCUCGUGGUAUCGAAAGGAUACCGAGAUCGUGCCAGAAUACAAGCUUGGUUACAGAACGUAACCGAAUUCGCGCGAAGUCACAAUCAAAGGUGUGUCUAUAUGAAUGGAAGCACAAAAUAGCCGUCAUUAGCACAGUCAAACAAAAGCACAUUAAAACAAACACUGGUACAGUUGGUUAUGAUAAUAAUUGUUUUUAUUAAACCAGUCGUGUUCUCGUGAUAAAUGUGAGUCACUACAGGAGCCCCCCGCUAGAAAG